UCUCGGCCUUAUGGCUAAGAUCAAAGUGUAGUAUCUGUUCUUAUCAGCUUAACAUCUGAUAGUUUCUCCAUUGGAGAACAACAAAUGUUAAACUGAUUUUUGGAAUCAGACGGAGUGCUAGGGGCUUGCUCCACCUCUGUCACGGGUUGGCCCGGCAUUGCAGUAUCGCCGGGACUUCGGCCCAAUUCAAUAAUAAAUAUGAAAUAAAAAGAAUAUUUAAAAAGUUAUCAAAAGUACGACGUUGCACAACAAUGCGACCUAAAAUUGACCCCCGGCUUGAAUGUGCGAUAAUUUUCAACGUUUCUAAGAAAAGCAGAUCUUUAUUUGUAUAUAUUAAUUGCCUCCUAAAAUAUAUAUUGUUGGUAUCGCUCUUUUGGUAUGUAUCAAGACCAGACUCGGAAGUUUCUGUAAGUCUCGACCUUCAUGCAGAGCCUCGUAGGCGCCGCCGCUCCAACUGAAGAUCUCCGAGAAGAACUGGCCCGUUCUGCCCGAAACACUAAGAAGCUUAUCAGACAGGAUAGCGUCAACUUCUGCCUCUCGCUAGCCCAAUUGAUUGUGAGUUGUGAGGUAGCGAAUCAAGAAGAAAUAACUAAAUGGAACGACUUUAUCGAACAAUGGACACCCAGAGUUGCGACCCUGCCAACAGAUGACAACGGCAUAAAGCAGUUUAGCAGCCAAGUAAGAAAUCUGCUGCCAAAGGGAAACGGAUCUCAACAGGUUACAGAACAGCUCAACCUAUACACAAAAGGCGCCUAUGACAACAUGAACGCCAGCUUCAUGAAAGGCAACGCUCAACGUUACACGACCUUCGAGUCGGAGGCUCGUGAAAUUAUACGCAGAUCGAGGGCCGCCACAGGCCGUGCUGAAUAUUUUACUGUUUAUUUCUUUAAUAGAUUCGCCAAUGCAGUUCAAAAAUCUCGAGAAUUUCACUUUCAUAAUUUUUUCCAAUAUCUCACCUUAACGGGCGAAGACUAUCACGAUUGGCUAGCCAUGCAAAUCAUGAUAAUGUAGUCGUUAUAGUUGUCUGAAAAAACUAUACUUAAUAUAUACAAUAUAUCUCUUGUAGAAAGAUCAGAUUUGAAGUAUAGCUUUUCUUUAUAACAGAAUUUUCAUGCACUUAAAUACAAGACACAUCAGCUUAAA